AGAUCCACUAUAGCUGCAUGUUCAAAUCCGUCUUCACACCCGAAAAAAAACCACCGCAGAAACGCAGAUCUGCAAGUCGCGACGCAAGCCAUGCAGCUGCGUCUCGCAAUGAGGCUCACGACGAAGGUUCUAACAAGGCAGGCCAGAGCAGCGCAGCGCGAGAGAGUGAGGACGGGCAAGCCGCCGGCUCAGGCACCAAGAAGAAAGCUAAACAGUAAGGAGUAACUUGUGAUGGUACGUAGAAAAUAUGAUGAUCAUGAAAUCGCAUUAACAUUCGUUUAGAUAUGUAAUAAUAAUUGAGUGGCUACUAGAAUUACAAAUGCUCUUCACGUGCGUAGGCGCGAUAAAUAAAAAGUUUAGAGACGGACACAUUGCCAUCCCACCUUCGUUUCUGAUAGGAAUCUAAAAUUCUUUUUUCAAGUCCAAAACUUCCCUAUUCCCAUGCACAGAUGAACCAAUGUAUAGUAGUAGCACAAGCAUCAUUUAGAAUCAUUUACAAAAACCUAAGCCGCAACGUUGAUCAUCUUGUUUCUUCACGCCAUGCUUUAGACUAUGACUAUCGACUGUGCAUGUUUUUCUUUCUGUAGCAAAUAGCGUGACCAAAUGCUCGUGCAACCGCCUACUCGGACCUCCAGCCAGCAAAAGCGUCCACAGAACGUAGCUAGAAGGGGAUCAGAUGUUAAUGUUUCCCUACUCGAUAUAAGAGAAAACAGGAUGCCAAUUUAGUAAAGAGUAGAAAUUUUUAAAUGUGGGCUCCCGCUCGAAAAAAUUUUCAGUAAGUUCUCCCGACACGACCAGUUUAUCAUAAUGCCUUUCAACUACUUACUUCUGUUUAAUAUCUAUGUCCCCCGCCCAGGCCCACCUCCUGCUCUGACACACGUGCAACUUCGUUGUCAAUCUUGCGGACUUGUCAUUGUAGUGACAUUCAUCGUUUCCAGCUCCUUCAGAACGAGAAAAGUACAAAAGGUUUUUAUUCCUCCAUAGAUUAGCAGCUUACAUACAUUUAAAUUUCAUGAUAAUCACAUCAUCUUGAUACUGAUAAAGCAGUCGAAAUUCUUGUCAUCAGCCGUUACUCAUUUUCGUUGUCAUAGAUAAGGAAACUACUACCCCUCACGAAAUAGACUUCGUCGAUCAGUGUGCGAGUAGUUCUUCUUAUGCUGGAUUUCAUCAUCAUUCUUAUUUACAAUAACCAUUUCCACGACGACGUCUUCGACUUCGUCUUCUUGAUCCGGUGCAACAGCGACAAGAUGAGCUUCGCUGGCAACAUUAAAGCUAAUGCUGAAAAAAGGGAGAAUCCAUCCAGUAGUGUGAGAAAGUGUUGCAUCCUCGUUCUUGUAUUAGUACUAGACGUGGUGGUAUUGCUGUAGUUGUAGUAGCAGCAGUACUAGCACUUCGGUUUCCGAGACGAAUUUUCGUCCUGCAAUAGAGAUAGAGUGGCCAACUGCACAGACUUCAUUUACUUGGUCGUAAUGACGAAUCCCUAACCUCUGUGAUAGUAAUGCUUCAAAAGAACAUGGACGAUUGUUUUGGAGCUCGCCGUCAGACAAGUGAGGCCGACAGCAACAGUGGAGACGCGUCAAUGGUUCGCGUGUCUUUUAACGUCGGUUCUACUGAGAUUAUCUUGUCGGUCUGAAAGAGACUCAGUGAUGGAGAUCUGUCGAAAAAGUUACCUGGUGAACAAAGGAUUGAUUGAUUGAUUGAUUGAUUGAUUGACUGAGCCACUUUGGCUCAAGGUUUCCCCGCACCUUGUUGCCGUUGUUCUAAGUCGGGAGGUUAGGUCGGGAGGUGGCGACACUUGACUAACUGUUAAGUAUGUAAUGGGCGAUGUUGGCGCCUCCCAUUUUGUAACCAUUUACUCCACACGAGUGCUCGCCCCACUCCGUGGAAAACAAGAAUGAUGAAGGGUCUGCUCGAUUCGACAAGGCCGCUGAUCGCAAUGGAGGUGCUAGAACAGUGAGACCUGUGCCCGGCCUUGGAGCGCAGACCAAUUGCGAGGUCCCCUAGCAUCGGCGGCCUGAGCCGCGCGACUUAGCAUCUCUCCGCCUGUGAAGAGUCGACACGGAGAAGAGUUAAGCAGAGUAGCCCUCUCCCCCGCCCUACGCAAACUACUAGUAAUUGGACAGAGCUCAAGUGUAGAACAGAUCUCUCGCUUUGGCGCUGGGGAGUAUUUGUGCCCUGGCUGUUAGGUUUGGAAGAAGAACGUCAUAAGCAGAGGCUGACGAAGUGAAACCUUCACCCUGAUGGCCCCGAAAUUAUUAGAAGAUCGCAUCCCCCCACGGUGAGCAUCCGGCUUGCGGGCCUAGCCCAACACGGCCUCCUCGCACCAGUUGCAGUAUUGUACUGUCGGGGCCCUUGCGUCUUCCAAUGACUCCGUGUCGGGAGACGCGAUGGGUGGAGGGUAGCGGGCUUCUCCGGCGGUGGAGAAGUGCGGCGAGAGCCGGUUCAGCAUGCAUCACGGUCCCUGGCGCGGGCCAGCAUGGUAGAUCGCGAACGAGGGUGGAUGGUCUGGCCAUGUGCCCGCGUGACUUUGUCCAGGGAUCGGCUCGGAGUGCGGUUCUCUUCCUCAGCUGGGUCGUGAGGGCUCACCCUUCAUUAGCCCGACACAGCGUAAGCAAAGCGGGCAGAGUCCAAAGACAGCCGCAGCUAAUUUGCGCUUGAGGUUCCUGGUAACGGACUACGCUAGGCGACUCGCCUCUGGUCUUUUGCUAUGGUUGAUCUUUUGUGGGCUAGGUCAGCGGGAACGCAGUCGUGCUUGCACAGUCU